AUGUCGGCGGUGCGCGGGGUAUGGUUGGCCCUCGCACGCGCCGUGCAUGCCGAGGCGCCGACGCUGAGCGGCGCAUGUGCGCCGUUGCCUGCGGGCCUCUCGGCACAGGAGGCAUGCGCGUUCGUACGCGCGCAGUGCGCCGACUCGCCGAUCUAUGCGUAUGUGCAGGCGUACUACUGCCUCGGCGCGGGGUCCGGUGGCGCGGCCCUCGCGAGCCGCGCGCUCGUGUCCCUGGGCCUUCUCGUGUGGCUCCUUGUCCUGUUCAGCGCGCUGGGGCUCGUGGCCAGCGACUUUUUCUGCCCGAACCUCGCAUCGAUCGCGGCGCGCCUCGGCCUCAGCGACAGCAUCGUCGGCGUCACCCUGCUCGCGCUCGGCAACGGCUUCCCCGACGUGAUCUCGACGUUCCGCGCAAUGGAGAAGAACGCCGGCGAGCUCGCGCUCGGCGAGCUGAUGGGCGCGGCGGUGUUCACCGUGUCGAUGGUGUGCGGCUCGAUCAUGCUGAUGCAUGAGUUUGCGGUGCCGCCCGCCUCGUUCCUGCGCGACGUGGGCACGUACACGGUGGCCGUCCUGCUCGUCCUCUUUUUCCUCCUGGACGGCUCGCUGGGCCUCGCGGAAGGCGCGUGCAUGCUGGGCCUCUACCUCGGGUACGUCGCGACCGUGUGCCUCGGCGACCUGGCACGCCCCGGCAACGAGGCGGCCGCGCCCCUGCUGGACCGGCCCCAGGAGGCCGAGGCGCCGAGCACGCCGCAGCUCGGGCACCAUUCGCUCCUCUCGGCCGCGCGCGUGCACGAUCUGCUGUGGCUGGGCGACGCGGGCCUCGCCAUGUCGGGCGACAUGGCGCACCAUGUGCUGGACCCCAUGUUCGGGCACCGGCACCCGUCGCUGUCCCGCGCGCGCUCCUACCACUCGCUCGACCGGCAGGCGCCGCACUCGCCGUUCCUGCGGCCCCGCCCCGGCCGCGCGCGCACCGUCGACGCGGUGCGCACGCCCGUGCCGGCGCGCCUGCCGCGCUUCCUGGACGAGGCGGUCCUGGUCGCCUCGCCGACCGAGGGUGCGAUGCCCACGCUGCCGUCGCCGCCCGCCGUGCCGUCGAUUCAGGUCGACAGCGCGCCGUCGCCGACGCCCCCGAGCGUCGCGGCGAUGGAGGAGGUCCUCGCGCGCCUGCGGUCGCCGCCCCGGGCGCUCACGCUCCCGCGCCUCAUCGCGAUCGCGUGCGUGCCGUCGCUCCUGCGCUGGGAGCACAAGUCGCACUUCCACCGCGGCGUGAGUGUGUUUUGCGCGCCGGCCUUCCUCGCGCUGCGCCUGACCGUGCCGCUCGUCAGCCACGACGAGUUCCUGCUGCACGAGGCGCUCGGCCGGCUGCGCGACGCCGAGGACGAGCGCGCGCUGUGGGACGAGAUCUGGGACGAGGUCGGCGCCGUGCUCGAGACGCCCGCGCCCAUCGUCGACACGGCCGAGCGCGUCGCGGCGGACCACCUGCUGCUGUGCGUGAACUGCGUCAUGACGCCGCAGUUUGUGCUGUGGGUCGCCGACGCGCCGUGGCCCGCGCACGCGGCCGCUGCCGUGCUCGGCGGCUGCGCCGGCGCCGCGCUG